AUGGUGGCCAAGUACCGGGACGUGCCAAAUCGUCUUCCCAUUGCUGAAAAUGAACCUUCCGGUUUUUUAUCUGGACUUUUUCAAUGGAAUUGCUGUUUUUUUAAAGACCCAUUUUGAUAAAAUUAGUUGUUUCUGAUAUUUUUUGAAUGUAGUUGACCAAAGGGGCUAUGUUUAUUUCAACGUUGAGCACUUGGAAUGGCUCAACUUCGCGCAAAUCGUUUUUGGUCGGGUGCUCCUUCAUGACAACCUACGCGUUGGUCCUUCCUAUGUGCGAAAAAUAUCAUUUUCAAAAGGAAAAAUUGGAAAAUUAUAGGAUUCUUCAGUCAGUUGCUAUUUUUUCCAGGUACGGAUCUGUUUGGAGAUGACCGGGAGGCGCUCAACGAUUUCGCCAAAUACUACAAUAAUUCUCAUUUAUCGGAUGUCAAUCUCAUUGUCGGAGAAGAGACGUGCGAAUUCAUUUCUUUCUCCGAAAAAAAUAUUUGUUUUUCAGGUACCCGGCACAUCGACUGAUUUUGGCGAAAAGUAGCGAGGUUUUCGACCGGAUGCUCAGUCAGAGGUGGAACGGGGAUAAGAAGGUGAUUUUAAGAGGGAAAAGGAAUGUAUGAUUUCCUAAAUGUUCUUCAAAAAAAGUGCUUCUAAAUAAUUGCUUAGCCUUUCCAACUUGGCUAACCAGUUACAAGAGCUUUGCAACUCAGUACAGACUACUUUGCAGUUUGAAACCAGAAAAAGGCUGAUUAGAAUCCCGAAAGAGGGUCAUUUGCAGCUUGGUUGCUAUUUUUGGCUGACACGGCGUUUUUUCGACGACGCCCACUUUUUCUCCGUAAAGUCUGGUGUGUCGUCUGCAUGCACUGCGUCGCUCUCGCGCGGAAAAUUGCGUUUUCCAGAGAAAUUUUGAUUCUUUUUAGAGACCUCUGGCAAUACUGCGGCCUGCGCCUUUAAUAUGCCCUGUCUUUUACGCUUUAAGAGCCGAAAUCUCUGCCGUUCCCAUGACGUCACGUGGUAACGGCGGAUAUUUUGGCUCCGCCUCCUUCAUUUUUGGUUUCACAUUUUCUUCCACUAUAGUCUGCUCAGAUUUUGAAUGUCAAGUAGAAUGACAUCAUUAAAAAAAAGUGCUCUGUGGAUGGCUCGCUCUCUGAUUGGUUUAUCGCACCAUUAGGGGCGGAGCUUGAGCGACGACUUGAUAUUCUAAAUCUGAACAGACUAUAACAAAAACGCCGUGUUUAAAAAUGGUUUUACAGAUGAUUUGCAAGCCUGCAAUUGAGCUGCAAACUAGUGCAUUUUUUGCUGAAAAGCUCUUGCAACUGGUUACCCGAAAAAGGUCUUAUUUGAAGAUUAAAAGGGCGUUUUGAAAGAGGUUUCAAAAACUGGUGGUCAAAAAAGUCUUUAAACAAGCCUUUUGUACUUUUUUGAGGAGAUUUUCGAAAAAAAAUUGUUUUUCCAGGACCUCGAAAUCGUAGAAGAUUCUCUGUGUCUCAAAGUUUUUCCGGCUUUUCUCCGAUUUCUAUAUUGUAACCACGUCGUUCUGCAUCACGACAAUUGCUUGCCGAUCCUGGUCCUGGCCGAUAAAUACAAUGUAACGACUCUGAAAAAGGUAUCAACGAGUUUGCUCCCUUGCGAAACAGGACAUUUGAAGGUCUGCGUGGAAUAUGCGACGACGGAAAUCCUCCCGAGCCUCCCCCUCAGCGAACUUUUCUCCGUUUGGUUCUCCUACGCCACCAAAGCUUACCAUCCGGUAAUAUUCUGUUCAACGUGAAAAUAAUGAACGAAAUGAAAUUGAGAUUUAGGGGAAAGGUUUUUUUUUAAUGGCAAUCAAAAUUGAGGUGGAUGAGGUUGAAAAAGAUGUCCACGUUCAAAUUUGAAGUUGCGUAAUGAUUUUUUUUUCCAAGAUUCGUUUUUUCAAAACAAAUUGCCAAUGUUUUCGUGUCAAAAAGAAAAUUUAGAAGUUUUGCGCGUGGUUUGUAAUGUUCUCUGUGAACACGUCGUUCAAAGAUUGCGGCCAAAACACAUCAUUACGAAUCCUCGAGAAAAAUAUUUUUGUGUUAUUUUUAUUUAUUUUUGCUUCAGUAUUCUUGCUGCUUUGGCCUCUAAAAAAAUGUUUUCUGGGUGGGAAAUCUUGCAAAAACAGAAACAACUCGCGGAAAAACUUUCUCUAGACUUGAUAACUUCAUGAAAUCAACCCGUGAAUUUUAAAACUCCCAGAAGGAUUUUCAAAAAGGCUUGAAUGAAAUUUGACUAGCAUCCAAUUUGAUUAUCAUGUCAUAUUUUCAUAACUUUUUUCUCAGAAGGUCAAAUAUUUUUGUAAAGAUAUUCGUCCAAAAAAUUGACGCGAUGAGAUUUUUUUUCCGUUUUGUUCGUAAUUUUGCGUUUUUCUCGUACUUUCGUGAAUUGGUUCUCUGAAAAGCUCGUGAAAAUAUUCAAUGAUCAACUUGAAUAAUGAAUUUUGCUUCAAACUUCAGUUCUAUUGCAAAAUAUUGUAAUUGUCCUUUUUUUCUAAUAAUCUGAAAAAAAAACCUCUCUCUCAAGUUUUUGACGUUAAAUUUGAAAGUUUAUGUGUUUUUUUCAAUUCAACUCUUUUGCAGUACCUCAUUCGUUCAUGUAUCAAGUCGAUUUCCGUCGAAUUCGAGUCUUUGUUGGCUGAGGACUGGGAAAAGCGAUGGCUCGAGUUGGAUCGAGACCAAAUGGUCGAAAUCCUACGGAGCAACCAGCUCGUAGUGAAAAGUUUGCUGGAAUUUCAUCUUUUCCUGAUUGAAAAUGAAAGUUUUCAGGCGAAUUCCAACUGUGGGAAGCUCUGGUUCGAUGGCUACAGGCGCCCAAUCAUCCGGAAAGGCGCGGGAGUACCGCCAGCCCGCUUCUUGCCCUCAUUUUGCCUUUGAUUAGGUAUGUGUAGAAUUUUUUUCAGCGUUAGUCUGUUAAGAAACAAUAUUGAAAUGUUAAAAGGCGCAAUCACUUUUUAUGACUUUGAAGCGUUGAAACAUGACACAAAACAUGGCUUCUCACCUUGAGUAUUCAUUUAAAAGUGUAUAAUGUGCCUUCAAAUAACAAAAAAAUGAUUUUCGGACAUGCUUUGUCUUUUAAGGAAGAAGAAUAAUCAUGAAAAAAACUGAAAAAAAUGUGUAAAAUAAUUUUUGAGUUGCGCGUGAGUUUGGUGUAACUUGGUGUAAUUUGACUUGGUGGUGUAUGAACAAACUAUCAUAAACCACGCGCAAAACUGAAAAAACAAAAAAUACCUUUUUUCUUCGAUUUACUGUCUAGGCUUGCAAGUUUCUUAUGUUUUUCUAAAAUUUAUUUUGGAAAUUUUUCAGAUUGGAAAUUAUAAUGAUUUUGCCAUCAAUGCAUUCAAUUGAAGGGAACUUUUUGCAUUUUUUCUAAUACUAACUUUUUUUCAAACAUUUCUUUCAGGUUCCCAUAUAUGACGGCCGAUGAACUAUCCCAAAUAGAACGAACUUCUCUCUCCGAAGCCCACGCGAAACUUUUCCAUCCUCAAAUUUUGUUGGCUUAUAAGUUCCAAGCUCUGUCCAUUUCCAGUCGUGUCAACUGCAAGUGAUUAUUUUCUUCUUUUCUCAAAGUAUGAAGGACAAUGUUUAGAGAAUUUACGAGUCGCCAGUUCUUCCUCCGGAACUACCUCGAAACGCGCUGGGACAAGCGUUUCUGCCUCUCGCGUCAACUUUUGUCCGUCGUCAACGUUGACCACACUUUCCAGGUUGCUUUUUCGAGAAUUGAUUCGGUUGCUUUUCCGUAAUUUCUUGGCUUCAAAGUCUGAACUUUUUUGGUACUUCGAUUUUAUAUAUUUCAAAUCAAGUUCAUUACCAUUUCUCCCUUUUUUUCAGAUUAUAAUAGGAGCAAGUUGGAUUUCAAGUUUUUGCCUGUUUUGACAGGGUUUUCUUGAGAAAUCUUGGGAUUUUUUGCUGUUCCAAUGAGUCUUUUCUCCUCAUUGUUUCGUUCCUAAUUUUCCUCUGGCUCCAUUAUACUCGACAAUAAUUCCGAUUUCAGUUCUUCACCCGCUCAUCGACAUAUCCGCUGACGAAUUGGAAAUGGACACUUAAGUUGACGGGCUAUUCGAACGUCUACUCGAGUGCCUCGAAUGUGGAUGUUCUUCGAGUUUUCCUGGUCGCCGAGGAUAUCGACCAAUCGAGGUAUGGAUAGGCUGAAAAUGGCUCGACGCGUUGCGGUUGCGGAGCGGCUCUGAUCCGCCCGACUCAAAGUGAAAAUAUUUGAACAACUGAGAAAAUUUUAGUGGCCCCUAUAAAGGCUCGCCAAGAAAAACUCGGAGAGGACAUUUAAGUGGCCACUAAACACACCUCUAUAGUGGUCACUAUUUUCCGUUUUAGUGGCCACUUCAGUAUUUUUACAUCCAGUAUUCCUUCCAGUAACACUGAUAAUUUCAAAACAAACAGAUUGGAUCGAUUAUGUUGAUCUAUUGACCCUAAAGUGGUCUAGUAGUAGCACUUAGACCUCUAUAGUGCCCACUAAUUCUUAACACCUCAAGUGGCCACUAAUUUGACUACUAUAGUGGCCACUAAAACUUCGAAACCCUAUAGUGACCACUCAAAUUUUUCCCACAAGCUCCUCUCACACACAACGCGGCUUUGAGCCAUUCCCAUUGCGACCAAAAUCUAUUAAUCCAAUUUUUCCAGAGCCGUCGAGUACAUGGUGCAAUUUGUGGACGAUAAAAAGGUUCUGCGAUCGAUUUGCGGCCGCAAAACUUUCACGAAAACGAGGUGUCGAUAAUUUUCCCAAAUUGAAUCGUUAUCGAUUUCUAGAUACUCCUGUGAGCUGGAAAUGGACGAGAAAAUCGAAUUCGGCGAACUUCUCAGUGGCGACUCGCCCUUGGUGAGGAAUGAUGAACUCACCAUGCAGCUUCUUUUGAAACCAAUUGAUUAG